AUGCAGUUCUCCUUCGUUUCCCUUGUUGCUGCUCUCGCCGCCACCGCGUCGGCCGCCUAUGCGCCAGUCAACGGUACAACAGAUGCCUACUUCCCUACUGGCACUGGCUCCAUGAAGCCCACAGGCACUGCUGCGCCCUCCAAGCCCACCUCGCAGCUUCCCUUCACCGGAGCGGCCGCCAUGCCCACCAACGUGGCCGGCUCAGCACUCGGACUCGUCGUUGCUGGCGGCGUUGCCCUGAUGCUCUAGGUGCAAGUCACUGCCUACUGCCAAUGCCCAAUAUCGCGUUUAUACCAUUUUGUAAUACCACACGGCCGCUAGACUAGACAUAGACGGUGUGAAACCGACCAGUAAUGUGAGAAUAGAACUGCCUGCGGGCUACAUGAAA